GUUGUCCUGACUCGGAGGACCCUUAUACUUUUAGUUUGAUUGAAGUUUCGCACUAGAAAGUGCCUCAGUAUGUCUUCAUCACGUUUUGCCAGUCAUCACAGAAAGGAUUUAAGUACUGAAAUGAUUAGAACUAAAAUUGCUCAUAGGAAAUCACUGUCUCAAAAAGAAAACAGACAUAAGAAAUACCAACGAAAUAGACACAUUGGUUUGAAAGAUGUUGAAUUAGAUGAGACAUUGCAAGAGCUUGUUCCAGAAAAGGCCAGUACCAAGCCAAAGUCAUUGAAAACUGUCCUAAGUGAAGAAAGAAAACAAAUGCUUCAAAAAUACAAAGAAGAAAAGCAACUUCAAAAAUUAAAAGAACAGAGAGAGAAAGCUAAACGAGGAAUAUUUAAAAUGGGUCUUUAUAGACCUGAAGCACCUUCCUUUCUUUUAUCAAAUCAGAAUGCUAUGAAAACUGAGCCAAAAAAGGCUAUUCCAUAUUCUGGACGGAUUACAAGAUCAAAGGCCAAAGACCAAAUUGAACAAACUAAGAUUGAGAAUGGGAUUGAUGUUCGAGCCAUCCGACCUGUUCAAAAACAAAUUGCAGAAAAGAAAGUAUUGGACAAAGAGAAAAAAGUUGUGCGGCCUGUUAUGCCYACAUCAGUGAGAAUGACCCGAUCUGCUACUCAAACACCAACGCAGAUUGUAAGAACAGUCUCAACUAACACUACAAGAAAGCCUGUCACAAGAGCCACUAAUGAUAAUGAACCUGAAAAAAAGGAACCAAAUAAAGGAAGACCUGUGAAAAAGACAGAAACAAAACCUGACAAGGUUGUUUCUUUUAAACUUGAUAAUGAAGAAAAUACUUUGGAUUCACAAACCAGUGCAACAAAUAGAAUGGAUCCAGAUAAAAUAUUAUCAAAAAUGGAAAACUUACCUAAGAAAAAUCCUGCAAAAACCAGAGCAAAAAUUUCCUUUGCACCUAAUGAUUUUAUGUUUCAUCCCCUGGAUGGUUUGAAGACCUAUCAAGUUACACUCAUGACUCCCACAAGUGCCGAUGCUUUCUUGACACCCAGUUAUACCUGGAACYCUUUAAAAUCAGAAGGUGAUAAGACUCAAGAAGCAACAAAUGAAAUCUUGACCCCAAAAUGUAAAACUUACUCUACCAAGACAGUACAGCAAAAUUCAAAUAAAUUACAGUGUCCUCUGGGUUCUCUAACAGUUUCAAAUCAAGAACAUAGCAUAAAUCAAAAUGAAGCUACUACUAAGAAUUCAAAUGGCCAUUCAAUUAAAGAUGUCCCAUCACUUGAAUUAAAUGAAGGUCAAAAGUCUCAGCCAACACACGAUGUACCUUAUUUCAGGAAGCUUGAAUUGGACAUUCCAGAUGAUGCUAAAGAUCUUAUUCGCACAGCAGUUGGUCAAACAAGACUCCUUAUUAAGGAAAGAUUCAAACAAUUUGAAGGACUGGUGAAUGAUUGUGAAUAUAAACGAGGUGAAAUGGAAACUACCUGUGCAGAUCUGGAUGGAUUUUGGGAUAUGGUUAGUUUUCAGAUAGAAGAUGUAAACCAAAAAUUCAACAAUCUGACCAAACUCGAGGAGUCUGGAUGGCAAAACAAUAACAAUACAAAUAAAAAAGUCUUUAGGAAAAAAAUUGUCUCAAGCAUGGCAAGUAAACCAAAACAGGAUGAUGAUGGAAGGAUUGCAGCUAGAAAUCGCCUAGCUGCCAUAAAAAAUGCAAUGAGAGCAAAAAUUAAACAGAAAGAACACUCAGAGGCAACCUCCCCUGUAAUAUCAAAAGAAGUUGACAAAAUAGUAUUUGAUGCUGGGUUUUUCAGAAUUGAGAGUCCCGUGAAAUCAUUCUCAGUACUUUCCUCUGAACAUCUUUCUCAAAGACAUGGAACACCUAAGUCCAUCAGCAAAGCCAUACCUGAGGGCAAAGCCGGCAAGGACCUUCCARGAAAGAUGAUAUCACUGGAGAAUCCUCAUCCUCAGAACACCAAAAGUGAAUGUGUUGAUAAGAAAAUUUUGUUUUCAAAUAUUUCUGAAAGCAGGAAUAGCAUAGUAGAAGAUGUUCAGUGUCCUGGAGUACAAGGCUUAAUUGAAAUAAAUCAUGUAAGUCCUAUUUCCUACAGAAUGAUAAUUCUUAUUUCAGUGACCUUUGGCUUAUUUGAAAACCUGGAGCUUUUUGUAUUUUUCAUCUCAUAUCAGGAUGAAUAUGGAACUAACAAAAAGGAAGAAAUUUCAGAUAUUGAGGAAAGAAUGGAACUAAAUUCUUCAGUUACUUCACAAGAUGUUUUGAUGACUAGCCCUGAAAAAAAUAUACCAUCACAAAAUAACAUCUCACAAGAAGUUAAUCCUUCUCAAUUGGUACUACUUGAUAAUAAAAGUGUCUCUACUGAAUGCCACCUUCUUGAUUCGCCAGGCCUAAACUUCAGUAAUCAGGUGGAGAGGCGACAUCAAGAACGUGCCAGACACAUCUCCUUUGGUGGUAAUCUCAUUGCCUUUUCACCUCUAAGGCCCCUCAGUGGAGAAAAACCAGAAGAAUUUUGA